ACUUACCCCAGUGAGCCAAGCACAGUGGGGGGAACAAGUCCACACUUCAAUGGAGGAACAGCCCAAAGAUCGGGCACAAGACAGACAAUAUCACCACCACCACGGAGAGGACAGAAGCUCUACUCAACAAACGCCGUGUCUAAAACAUGAUCAGAGCCACUUCCAGCGCCAGCAUCAGGAAACGCAGACGAAGAAAACAGGCAAUAAGAAAGUAAACAUCAGUGAGGAGGAGGGGGACAAGAAUCCACAUCUGUCUGAUACUGUUGGUAUGUCGCAUCCCCCCAACAGCAAUGGUAACAGACACACAAGUAUUACAAAUGUGAAGCAGAGGUCAUCACAAAAGCUGUACACUACUGUUCCAAAAGUGAGCAGCAAAGGACUGGACCAUAAAAAGAAUAUGGACCUAAAAAAUGACAAGGACAAGGCUCUGGAAUUUAAUCAUCAUGAGGGCCAUCCAUUGGAUAAGAAAGGCUCUGUGUUGCUUCAGAAUGGUGUUGUAAACUGUGGCUUAAUAACAAAUGGUUAUUCUAGCAAGGACAAUGAUGGCAGCGGCUCUGAAGGUGGAUACACUACUCCGAAGAAACGCAAGGCCAGAUGCAACAACACCAAGAACUCUGAUAAUGUAAUAAGAGAAAAGGACAAAGAAAUGCAGCCGGGCAACACUACGCAGGAUCACGGGGCUUUUAAUCUUGAGACAGUCGAGAAGGGAGUUACUUCCAGACUUGAUGGUUUCAAAGCCGCUAAUAAAGUAGAAGCUCAGUCCUCAGCUCGGCGGACUGCUGCCUCGGAGGCUUCAAUGGGUGAAUCUCAGAGGAAAAAUUCUGAUGGCAAAUCUGUUGGCACCUUUGGUAAAAAGACUGAAGACAGGCACAAAGCCAAGCUUUCCUCACCUUCAAAAGAGGACUCAUGGACUUUGUUCAAGCCCCCUCCAGUAUUUCCUGUGGACAAUAGCAGUGCUAAAAUUGUUCCCAAGAUCAGUUAUGCAAGUAAAGUAAAAGAAAACCUCAACAAAGUAGCUCAAGGUGGAGGAGAGGCACUGCCUCCUCCUGUUAGACUGUCACAGGUCCCUAUGUCUGCUAUGAAAACUAUCACCUCAGCUAGCUUUACUAAUGGCCCUGUUUCUGGAAAUGGAAACGGCUGCCCAUCAGUGGGUACCUUCUUCGCUCCUGCUGCUAGUAGUAUUCCACCAGCCCCAUCUAUCCCAAGUGGCGAGAAUGUAGCAUCUCCUUUGGAAAGUAACUGUAGCUCUACAAUUAGUCCUGUAGAUGGAGAAGCAUUGGAGCUUAGAAAGUGUGCUCUUUUAAUUUACCCUUUAAAUAUGCAACCUGUGCUCCCUAGUGCUCGUCACCUUGACCCGCCGGCUGCUCAGACAAAUCAGAAAGCCUUGGGAGAUAUCUUCCAGAAUCAGUGGGGGCUUUCCUUCAUCAAUGAGCCCAACUUGGGGGCAGAGGGAGGAAGUGGCCAGGUGCCCACAGAGGACAAAACUACUGUGGUCACACUUCAAAGCGAGUGUCAGGCUGGUACAGCUAAAGCUGCCCAGCCUUGCUUUGAUGUUAGCCCAUCAUUCUUGGAGCCUGGCACUUUGGCUCAGGACCCAGAGAAAAGGACUUGUGCCCCUUGCAAUGUGUAUAAUGUUUGUUCUCCUGCUUGUGUGAUGAGUGAGGAGGAAAACAAGCUGCCGCCAUGUGGCCAGGAAAGGGCAAAAGUUGAGGGUAAGGGUGCAGGUUCUUCUGGGUUGGCCCCCAGUAAAGACAACGGUGCUAAGCCUGCACUGGGCCAGCUAACCACUCUGUUUUUUGGCUCAUCUAAAGAGCCAGCCCACUCUAAAGACAUUGGCAGAAGGUGUAGCUUGGGAUCCUUUGAUGUUAAAGCUGCUGUCACUUAUCACACUAAAGAAAUGGAAUGCAUUUUUAACUUGCAAAAACAAGAUCCAAAAAGAGUAGUGGUUUAUGAUGAGGCCAAGGAUGGACCUGAUCAGUGAGGCAGAUGGACUACAGUACUUACCGUCUUCUCCUCUGGGUGCUGCGGUUAUCUACCUUGGAAAUCAUAAACCCUGUGGGACAGAAAGUGACAACUGUGAAAACAUUAAUAGUAUAGCAUGGCAGAUUUUCCUUGGAAUCGUUGAUGGAAUAACGGACCUCCUCUGGGGCAUCAGACAAAUGUGCACACACACUCUGGAGGGAUGGUAAAGGGGUUGAUUGGUGCCUCCAACAUGUUAAACUUGCAAACUCUGGAGCUGUGAGUGUCCCUUGUCAUUGCUCUUUAGGAUGAUGUUUCAAGUUCAACAAAGGAAGGUGUCAUGGAUUGCACCUCCCUAAGCCUUUAUCCUGUUGAACUGCGGAGGCCGCCAGUCUGACUUUGGGAUGCCUCAGUCAUUUUUUCUUUUCUUCACGCAUUCAAUUGAGUUCAUUGUAGAUACAUUAGACGUUAUACAUACACACGUGUGUGCAAGAUAGAAUUCAUCGUGGAGGAAAGGAGACCACACUUUGCAAAGAAUGCCUUGAAGUUGUGGACUAAAGAUCUUAGGAGGCCUGUUAAACUGUAGGUUCAGUGGAAGCUCGUAGGUGAGUCCCCAUCCAGGGAGGGAGAACCUUGUCUUAAAGCCUUUAGGGGAAAUCAGAGCCCUCAAAAUUCAACCCUUUUUCUUUUAUACCGUUACGUCAGACUUAACAUGAUGAGUGUUACUCUGCACUGCAGUAUGACCCCAGAGCACAGGUACAGAAGUGCCCCAUCUGAAGGAAAGCUAUGCCCCUUCAUUUCAUCGUUUAUUACAGGUGCGCUAAAGAUUUUAAAAUCAGGUCUCUGCUGAAGGCAAAACCUUUUAAUGUCAAAGCUUUUCAUACAUUUCAUGCACAUUGAAUAGAGGUCAGUGGAAGCUAUUCCUAAAUUCAGAUUCAUACAACUUUCUAAUAUGAAUCAUGACUUUAGGUACUAUGUGACAUUUUUUAGCAAGAUAACCAACAAGGUCUUCUGCGUUUUGUUCAAUUUGUUUAGCAGCAAGACUCAGGAUGUUCAUACAGAUUAUUUUGCCUGCAUUUCUGUCUGUAAAAACUGUUCACUUCCUCUGAUCAAAGGAACAUGUGUUGCAUUUUACAGCUUAGAUUUUGAUUUCUGUCUCAGCGUUGGGUCUUUACUUCUCUGUCUUAUGGCAUUGUAUUUCCUGCAUGUUUACGAGUGGGAAUGAACGAGACAGAGGUCGCGCUUCAUCGCCAUGCAAAGAUAACAGCAACACAACAAAAAUUGCAAUACUAAUCUAGGUUGUCGUCCCCCCCCCCCCCCCCCCCCCGACUAGCCACUUUGUUGAAACUGUUGAAAUGUGAAGAUGAGUUGUACGUUUAUGUUUUUACUGUGGAUAACAUUUAACAUUUUGCAAAGCAGUGUGCAAUAACACCGUGUGAUCCAUACGCUGUGUGAAAAAAUGGGUUAUAUGGAGCUACAAAAUCAUCACCCAAGAUGCUGGUGUGACCUGCAGUUUGUUUGUU